AAACAGGAAGCUGAUUUGAUCUUCAAAAUUGGUGUUAUAGAAGAAGUAGAUAGACUAGAGAGUUUGGAGGAGAAUGCAAUUUGGAAUGCAAAUCCAUUGACUGGCUCGUCAAGAGGCACUUUGAUGCAUUGCUUUUGUGAGAAAAAUUCUGAUGGUCAAACAAUGUUAGCAUCCACAUUAAUCCCUCAACCACAGUCAAUGACACAUGGUCCACUUGAGGAGAAUGUGAAGAUGUCAUUUGGAAGGUCCCUAUGGUUCCUCUACAAAGACCCGAGGAGAUGA